UUAAUUCAAAGGUCUGAUGGAUAAAAAAAUGCAUUUAUUUCCCUUGAUGGCCUUUCUUGUGCUAGCUCUGGUGGUUUUCCAUGGCGCAAAAAUGGUGCAUGGUCAAGGGUUGAGACCUAGCCAGUGCAAAGAAGAGAGACGGCUGGCUACCAACACAUGCCGGCCGGUGGUUUUCGGACAACCUGCGUCUCCUGAAUGCUGCCAACGAGUGAGGGUUAGCCAUUUCGAGUGUGUAUGCCCUAUGUUCACGCCUAAGCUCGCUUCUUUACUCAACGUCGAUCAGGUCAUAAACCUCCUCAAACGUUGUGGGAGAAGAGUUCCUCGUCGCUUCAAGUGUGGAAGUCUAAAUUUCCCGUGAAGAGUCUUCAUUAACUUCAUCUCUGUGUCUUUCCUAGAUUGAUCAAAUAAAAAAUUUCUCAGUCUACUGAUUGUGGGGUUGUAAUGUAUUAUCAUUGUUUGCUGAUUUUAUUUUUUUGUGUACAUUUAGCUAACGGUAAGGUUGAGCCUUCGUUCUAAUGUUGUAUUACGUUUUAUUUUUUGUUAUUAAAAGAUGGAAUAAAAAUAAUUUGUAUGAGAGUACUACCGUUCCAUUUAAUUUAUGUG